AUGUUGAUCCAGAAGAUUUCUUCUAAAGGUCAACGGACGCACCAGGUACCAGCCGACGGACGCACCAGGUACCAGUCGACGGACGCACCAGGUACCAGCCAACGGACGCAACAGGUACCAGCCAACGGACGCAACAGGUACCAGCCAACGGACGCACCAGGUACCAGCCGACGGACGCACCAGGUACCAGCCGACGGACGCAACAGGUACCAGCCGACGGACGCACCAGGUACCAGCCAACGGACGCACCAGGUACCAGCCAACGGACGCACCAGGUACCAGCCAACGGACGCAUCAGGUACCAGCCAACGGACGCACCAGGUACCAACCAACGGACGCACCAGGUACCAGCCAACGGACCCACCAGGUACCAGCCAACGGACGCACCAGGUACCAGCCAACGAACCCACCAGGUACCAGCCAACAGACGCAUCAGGUACCAGCCAACGGACGCACCAGGUACCAGCCAACGGACGCACCAGGUACCAGCCAACGGACCCACCAGGUACCAGCCAACGGACGCACCAGGUACCAGCCAACGGACGCAACAGGUACCAGCCAACGGACGCACCAGGUACCAGCCAACGGACGCACCAGGUACCAGCCAACGGACGCACCAGGUACCAGCCAACGGACGCACCAGGUACCAGCCAACUGACGCACCAGGUACCAGUCAACGGACGCACCAGGUACCAGUCAACGGACGCACCAGGUACCAGCCAACGGACGCACCAGGCACCAGCCAACGGACGCACCAGGCACCAGCCAACGGACGCACCAGGUACCAGCCAACGGACGCACCAGGUACCAGCCAACGGACGCACCAGGUACCAGCCAACAGACGCACCAGGUACCAGUCAACGGACGCACCAGGUACCAGCCAACGGACGCACCAGGUACCAGCCAACGGACCCACCAGGUACCAGCCAACAGACCCACCAGGUACCAGCCAACGGACGCACCAGGUACCAGCCAACGGACGCACCAGGUACCAGCCAACGGACGCACCAGGUACCAGCCAACGGACGCACCAGGUACCAGCCAACGGACGCACCAGGUACCAGCCAACGGACGCACCAGGCACCAGCCAACGGACGCACCAGGUACCAGCCAACGGACGCACCAGGUACCAGCCAACGGACGCACCAGGUACCAGCCAACAGACGCACCAGGUACCAGUCAACGGACGCACCAGGCACCAGCCAACGGACGCACCAGGUACCAGCCAACGGACGCACCAGGUACCAGCCAACGGACGCACCAGGUACCAGCCAACAGACGCACCAGGUACCAGUCAACGGACGCACCAGGUACCAGCCAACGGACGCACCAGGUACCAGCCAACGGACCCACCAGGUACCAGCCACAGACCCACCAGGUACCAGCCAACGGACGCACCAGGCACCAGCCAACGGACGCACCAGGUACCAGCCAACGGACGCACCAGGUACCAGCCAACGGACCCACCAGGUACCAGCCAACAGACGCACCAGGUACCAGUCAACGGACGCACCAGGUACCAGCCAACGGACGCACCAGGUACCAGCCAACGGACCCACCAGGUACCAGCCAACAGACCCACCAGGUACCAGCCAACGGACGCACCAGGCACCAGCCAACGGACGCACCAGGUACCAGCCAACGGACGCACCAGGUACCAGCCAACGGACGCACCAGGUACCAGCCAACGGACCCACCAGGUACCAGCCAACAGACGCACAAGGUACCAGUCAACGGACGCACCAGGUACCAGCCAACGGACGCACCAGGUACCAGCCAACGGACGCACCAGGUACCAGCCAACGGACGCACCAGGUACCAGCCAACGGACGCACCAGGUACCAGCCAACGGAUCCCAGCGUCUCGCCCGGCGCGGGAUAA